AUGGCCGCCGUGACACAAACCGCGACCAUGUCCAUGCCCCAAGACACAAAUUCCACCACAAACACAAAUCCAGCACCAACGAUGCUGAAACUCAGCUCGUCCCCGAUAAACCUCCUCUGCGACCAGCCCGCAGACGAUCCUGAUUCGCCAACCCCCGCCGUGUUUGACAUUUCGCCCGAGACUGCAUUACAGUUGCUCUGUCUGAAUAUCGAGCGGCUAGGCGCUUACUUUGCCCAGAAGCCUGUCGGCGCGGAUGAGCUGCAUGCGCAUGCUGCUUCACCUCGGGGUUGUGAUAGUCCUAGUGCGGAAGGUCAGCUCGAGGUGAAAGCUGUCGGCUUGCAUGUGAAGGAUUCGGAUGAACCAGCCAACCCGGCAAGGGCAUCGGAGGAGGCAAUCCAGAUGGCUAUCUUAUCGAAGAAGUUCUUGUCGAAGAAAGUACCUCCGGUCUCGUUGAUGGAGUAUCUACUACGUCUACAUAGAUUUUGUCCCAUGUCUACGGCGGUCUAUCUCGCAGCAAGCGUGUAUAUAUCCAAGAUGACGUUGGUGGAGAAUAUCCUGAGGGUACUGCCGAAAAAUAUGCACAGGCUUGUACUUGCUGGUAUUUGGGUUGCUUCGAAGGCUCUGGAGGACUUGUGCUAUCCGCAUAGCAGGGUUGCGAAGGUUGGUGGAGUCAGUACACAGGAACUGUCGAAACUCGAGAUCAGCUUUUGCUUCCUUGCCGACUUUGAGCUACGUGUCGAUGCGCAGAUGUUGAUGAAUGAAGCGUUGCGCUAUAAGUCUCCCUUGGAAUAA